AUGGAUUUUUCUGAGAGUAGCACAGAGCGUGUUAACACUGGCAGGAGAACAGAUGUGCCUAGACCGGUCUCAAGGAGGGGCUACCGAGAAUAUACGAACAGUGGGUCUACAAUAUCAAGAAGCGGCACAAUGAGGCCCACUUCUGCAUACAGAGGUAACACGGCGUCUCGCCUGUCUACAGCCGGAUUUGGUCCAGCGCCGUCUACUGCGAGCAGACAGACCACUGCUAUGACUGGUUUUUCUAUGAUCGAUAGACCAAUCACUCAGCAAGGGAUCUCUGGUCUGCGCACGAGUACUGCUCGAGGAUUCCGCACGAGGCAGCUGCAAGACAAACGAUAUUGGGAAGAGCUCAUGCAAGUAAAGGUAAGAGAGAUGAAGGCCGAGAUAGCAAGACUUUCGGAACAAGCUGAUGCGGGGGAACGGGAAAAAUCUGCGAAAAAGCACUACGAGAAGAGAGUCAGAGAAUUAGCGCAGGAAUUGACAGAUUUACAAGGACGUUUAGCAGAUUAUAACACUGCAAUUCGUAUCGCUAACGGCGAAGCCCCGAAGUAUUCCGUUGAAGAACAAACAAGAGAAUUAGCAACUAACAAUAAAAAGCUACAAGAGGAAGUCGAGCAGGUGUUUUUGGAGAAACAACGAAAAGAGAAUCAAUUGCGUCAACUCCGAGAACAAUUGGAUAAGGAACAAUCGACAAUAUCAAAGUUACUCUCUGACAUGACAACAGAGCAAAAGUCCCAGUACAAUGAACUUGAAGCUACUGCAGCAGGUUUGCGCGAAGAAGUAGAACAAGCGAGGAUUCAAAUCGAUCAUCUAAAUCGAGAGAAGGAAGAGUUUACCAAAGAAAUAACUAGCUCACAGAUUAAAAUGCAUUUACUAGAAUUACAUCGCAGAUUAGUAGCAGCUGAAGAGAAGCGAGAUAAUUUGAAGGAUGAGAUCAAUAACCGAUUAGAUCCACAAGAGGAAAGAGAAAAAUUACUAUUACAAGUACGUGAAGACAACGCAGCGAUCGCAUCACUAGAUAGCAAUGCUGCUAAUCUUAAAGACCAGAUCCGUAAAGUUCAAGAACUUAUUGAGCAAGCUGAACAGGAUCUCGAAGAAGGGAAUUCGGAACGUCAUCAAAAAUACAGAGAAUUGAAGAAGAGAGAAGAAACUAUGGACACAUUUAUGUCGACAUACGAAGAAAAUCUUAAAAAGGAACAAGAAAAAAUUGAGCAACUAGAAAAAGAUAUAGUUUUUGCUUUAGAACAUAGCAGCUCUAACAUAGAUCUGGAUUUGAGUGAGAUAGAUUCUCUCAAACAAAGAGAAGGCUAUUCUUCUUUAAGCGACGAUAGCAAGAAAACUGUAGAAAGCUUAACCAAAGAUUACGAAAGAUUUCAAGCGAAUCUAAAAAAGGCUGAGGCGACUCGGGAACGUCUCGCAACAGAACUGCAAACUCUUCCAGAGAAAACAUUGGUUAUGAAAGAAGAGCUCGUAACAUUAACUGAUUUGGAAAAACUAAGGGACGAAGGUGAAGAGCGUAAGAGGACUUUAGAGAAUGAAAUGAGAAUUCUCAAGGAAAAGUUGGCUCCAACGGAGAGUGCUGUUGUAGAAGCUUCAAGUAAACUGAGAAAAUUACAGGAAAGCUUGGAUGGCAAUGAAAUGUAUGCAAAAUUGAACAGUUUAGAGGAACAUCUUGCGCAAUUGGAAAACAGAAAGACAGUGCUUGAAGAAGACAUAGCGUCUAUAACUUUGAAGGCAGAUUAUGAACCUAUAAAGAAAGAAGCUAUGAAUGAACUUGCAGCUUUGAAUAAAAAAAUUAUAGAAGAUCUUAAUAACAAUAAAACAUAUUAA